AUGAAUUUAUUUCUUGUUGGACUGUCUGACCUUCCCACUCUUCAGCUUCCUCUGUUUAUCUUCUUCCUUCUCAUCUACCUUCUGACAUUAAUCUGGAAUUUGCUGAUCAUUGUCCUCAUAGUCACCGACUCUCACCUCCACAUUCCUAUGUAUUUCUUCCUGGGGAACCUGGCCGGUUUGGACCUUUGCAGUUCCUCAGUCAUCGUCCCACGAAUGUUAUUUGACCUUCACACUACAAAAAGAAAGAUUACAACAACGGCUUGUAUGACCCAAGUCUUCUUCUUUGUAUUUUGCAUUGCCUCUGAGGCUUUUCUGUUGUCCGUCAUGUCCUAUGACCGAUACAUUGCUAUUUGUAAGCCAUUGCAUUACAUAGAGAUUAUGAGUUGGAAAGUGUGCGUACAGUUGGUGUCCAUUGUGUGGUGUAUUGCUUUUACCAAUGCUUUAGUUCACACACUUUAUGCCUUAAAAUUAACAUUUUGUGGAUCAAAUAUUAUAGAAAGUUUCUUCUGUGACCUGCCCAAGUUGUUUCAGAUCUCCUGCAGUGACAUCUCCAUCAACAUUCUGCUUAUCUUCAUUGUGGGUGGCUUGCUUGGAGUUGGGUCUCUAAUACUGACUCUCCUCUCCUAUGUUUCUAUAUUCAAAAGUGUCCGUAAAGUUUUUUCUACUUGUACCUCUCACUUGGCAGUGGUUUUCAUAUUUUAUUUCUCCAUUUCCUUUAAUUAUUUUCGCCCGAGCGCUAAUAAUCAUUUUGCUGCUGAUAAAGUGGUGUCCGUCUUUUACACGGCGAUCGCUCCUCUCCUCAAUCCUUUGAUAUACAGUCUGAGGAACCAGGAAUUCAGAACGGCAAGUGUUUCAUUUUUUAGGAAGAUCUUCCAACCAAAAUACAGAUUUCAUUCAAGCUAA